UUCAUUAUAUACGGGGGGUAUAGGAGAAAUUACCGUUUUGUUAUACAGAACGUCCAUUUAUUAGGAGAUUUGAACUCUUAUCUCCUGGAAAUUUAUUUGAUUCUUUCUAGUUCAUUAUAUACGGGGGAUCUAGAAGAAAUAGACGUUAUAUUUAUACGAGGGAAAAAAUGUUUCGAUUCUUUUUAGUUCGAAAACUUAUCGAGCAAGUCUCGUAUAUUUUUUUUCGUAGAAAACAAAGUUCGUAGUAGCGAUAUCGAUCGGAAAAAUGACCUAACGUAAAGUAAUCUGAAGGUUUUAAGGGAAAACUGUCCUGCUGCUAGAAAAUUUAUAUUUACCAGGUUCGCUUUAGAUCGCGGAGUUUGCGUCGUCGAGGAGGUUUCGCGUCGACGCGCGUACUGGGACCUUCCGGAAUUGAGUUUAGUCGGGCUUCGGGAUGGGUCAGUUAACCUGGUAAACCGGGCUGGUGAUUUUUAUAUUUGUUUAUUUUUGGUGUGUUCGUUUCCAGGAUCAUUUAAAUCGAAAGAUUACCAUAAAAUGGUACUGAAAGUAGAUGAUAAACCUUGCGAAGAAACAAAACCUAUAUUAGACUCGACAGCAUCCAGCGAAAUAGACGACACCGAAAAUAAACUACAAGAAGCUUACAGAAACAUAGCUGGCUCGAUGAAAGCUGAUCCAUUGUCUAUAGACAAACCCAUAAUAGCCCUAGACUUAUUUUCAACGGCAGUAAAAGUCCAAAACGUACCGUUAGCCAAACAAUGUAUCGAAAACCUCAACAAACAUCUAGAUAAAACCAACGUACUGCUAAUUCUACAUCAUUUAUCGAAAUGCAAGAAGUUCGAAACGUCGUACGACAUGGAACCAUCGGCCCCGCCUCUAUUAGAAGAAGAAUACGAAGGCAGCCACGACUGGGUACAAGAUCUCAUCGAUAAUUUGAGAAACAACUGCCUUCUAGAGAUAGACAGAAACGCCGAUUUCAUACUUAGACAAAAGGAGAUGCUAGAUUUGACUUACGUCGACAUUUUGGCCAUAACCACGAGAGAUACCCUUCAAAUUUCGUCGGAAAUUUUGGUUUACAGCGUCGUGAUGAGGUGGUGCAUCGAAGAAUGUAAAAGAAGAACGUUAGAAAUCCAAAAAAUUAAUAUAACGGCCGUUUUAAGGGAUCUCGCGUACGCCCCUAGAUACGGUCUGAUGACGAAAAAAGAGUUUCUGUGCCGUACGGUAGAUGGCGUCAAAGGUCCCGAUCGCAGCGGGAUACUGAACGAAGUCGAAACCGAAAGAAUUUUGGAUUACAUCAAAAGGAAAGGGAAGAAUCGAUCGGGGGACGAAUUGCCGCACAAAGGCAGCCAGCCGAGGAUUGUCGGUUCGAAAUCGGAAACGAACAGGGAAAGUAGAUGCGAUAAAUUUAUCAUAAAUUUUUUUACUUGUUGGACUGCGGUUUUCGAUUGAAAAUCGAUUGUUCGCAUCGAUUAUUCCGUCUAAAUAAGUUACUUUCCAAUUAUCUCGUAUAUUCAUAUCAUUAUCUUUCAUUUACGGAAUUCGUUGAUUGUUUUUGGAGGAAUUGAUGAAUUGGGUACGGAGAACAAUGCCAGUCGGGUUAUAUAGCUCGGAGUGAGAUUGUUUUUUACUCGUAAGAAGUUUUUUCACCGUUUAGACCGGAAAUUACUUGUUAUUUAAGAAAUUAUGGUAUUGUAGAACAAUGUCAGUCGAGUUAUAUAUGUCGAGGUGAGGUUGAUUUUCGAUUAGACACAAGAUUUUUCCAUUUUCUCAUCCUUUAGACUCAAAAUUGGUGUCUUAUUGACAAAAUUAUGAUAAAAAAUGUUUUAUUACAAUGCCAGUCGGGUUAUAUAGCUCGGAGUGAAAUUGUUUUUUACUCGUAAGAAGUUUUUUCAUCGUUCAGACCGGAAACUAGCUUGUUCUCAUCGUUUAAACCGGAAAUUACUUGUUAUUUAAGAAAUUAUGGUAUUGUAGAACAAUGUCAGUCGAGUUAUAUAUGUCGAGGUGAGGUUGAUUUUCGAUUAGACACAAGAUUUUUCCAUUUUCUCAUCCUUUAGACUCAAAAUUGGUGUCUUAUUGACAAAAUUAUGAUAAAAAAAUGUUUUAUUACAAUGCCAGUCGGGUUAUAUAGCUCGGAGUGAAAUUGUUUUUUACUCGUAAGAAGUUUUUUCAUCGUUCAGACCGGAAACUAGCUUGUUCUCAUCGUUUAAACCGGAAAUUACUUGUUAUUUAAGAAAUUAUGGUAUUGUAGAACAAUGUCAGUCGAGUUAUAUAUGUCGAGGUGAGGUUGAUUUUCGAUUAGACACAAGAUUUUUCCAUUUUCUCAUCCUUUAGACUCAAAAUUGGUGUCUUAUUGACAAAAUUAUGAUAAAAAAAUGUUUUAUUACAAUGCCAGUCGGGUUAUAUAGCUCGGAGUGAAAUUGUUUUUUACUCGUAAGAAGUUUUUUCAUCGUUCAGACCGGAAACUAGCUUGUUCUCAUCGUUUAAACCGGAAAUUACUUGUUAUUUAAGAAAUUAUGGUAUUGUAGAACAAUGUCAGUCGAGUUAUAUAUGUCGAGGUGAGGUUGUUUUUCGAUUAGACACAAGAUUUUUCCAUUUUCUCAUCCCUUAGACUCAAAAUUGGCGUCUUAUUGACAAAAUUAUGAUAAAAAAAUGUUUUAUUACAAUGCCAGUCGAGUUAUAUAGCUCGGAUUGAAAUUGUUUUUUACUCGUAAGAAGUUUUUUUGUCGUUUAGACCGGAAACUACCUUGUUCUCAUCGUUUAAACCGGAAAUUACUUGUUAUUAACGAAAUUAUGAUAGAAAAAAAUGUUUUAUUACAAUGUGAGUCGAGAUAUAUAGAUCGAGGUGAGAUUGUUUUUCAAUUGGGAAGAAGAUUUUGAAGGUUUUUCAUCAUUUAGACCCAAGACUAACGUUUGAUUUACAAAAUUAUGAUAAAAAAUUGAUAUUUUCAUUAAAAAAAUCUCUUUUUGUGGGCAAUAUCGGUGUAAAUAUUAGAAGCACUUUUCCAUAUUUCUCUUUAAAACACGAUUUGAAUGUGUCCAAAAUAUGACAGUUAACGAUAUAAAUAUUCUCUAAAGAUAUGGAUUUAUGACUUCGAAAUCUUCCAAAUUUUGACCACACCUCGUAAAAUUAGAACAAAGUUUUUGACGGCUAGAUUAUGAACGUUUUAGUAUUGGGAUUGUGGCAAAAUUAAACACCAAAGUGUACUAACUCUAAUAUAUUUCCGAUUUUUCGAAUCCAAGCUGGAAAUAUAUUAGAGUUAGUACACUUUGGUGUUUAAUUUUGCCACAAUCCCACUACUAAAACGUUCAUAAUCUAGCUGGCAAAAGCUUCGUUUCAUAUAAUAAUAAAAAUAAAAAUAAACAAAGAGAUAUUUGUUGACAGAUGUGUUCACCUCUUUUAGAAAAAAAAGAGUCUAAAUGUUAGAUAUAAUUAUAUUUUCAUAGAAAUGAAUUUCCAUAGGGUUUUCUUAUGAAUCAAAAAUUUUAUUUUCAUUUUUCACGGUAUAUACAUGGAUAUUCCAAAAAAAAUAAAUUUCCAGUUAUUUCGGACAAAUUAUAAAAACUGGCAACAACGCCAACGAAUUUUUUCAUAAUCUUAACACGAUUUGAAAGAUAGAUUUCCGAACGCGUCACAAUUUGACAUAUUUUUGAAUUUUUUUCUCUAAAUUUUUUGAAAAUUUCCAUCUAUUUCCAGUGUUGCCAGUUUUAUUUUAAAUUCGCGAAAUAUAUUGAAAUUUUUAAAUAAAAAAAACGUGAUUUGAACAUUUAGAUACAUAUCUGUUUUUGGUACAGACCGUAAUAUUAACUAUUCCCCCUGUAUAUACCAUAUAUAAUUUCGAAAAACUAAAAGAAUUUAAAAAAAUGAAUCGAAUUUAUAACGCAACCCUCGUAUAUUCAAUAUACAAAUGAUGUUAUAUCAGAUUUCGAUUUUAGUUGAUGAUGAAAUCAUUUUAUACGAAACGUAUCUCAUUUAUGUUUUGGUUUUACAUCUUUCGCAAUAUCCCCCGUAGAAUAUUUUAGUGAAAAUAUUUCUUUCAAAUCGAUAGAAAUUUGAAAAAACUGGAAUUUAUAACGAUCCCCUCGUAUAUUUGACAUAAAUAUGUUUAUUUUUUUUUUCGUCAAUAUAUCUUUCGUAAUACCCCCGUAGCACAUUUUUAUAUAAUUAUUUUCAAAUAUCUGAAAGAAUUUGAGAAAAAGAAUCAAAUUUAUAAAAAUACCCUCGUAUAUUCAAGUUAGAUGUCAAUUAAACUACGUCUCAUUAGAUUUCGAUUGAUGAUGGAAUAUUUUUAUUCGAAACGUAUCUCAUUUAUUCGAUGUAUAAAAUUUUUGAAAUCAUUCGUUUCGUUAUUACAUCUUUCGCAAUAUCCCCCGUAGCAUAUAUUCGUAAAAAUAUUUUCUUUUGAAACGAAAAGAAUAUAGAAAAAAGUCUUAAUUAUAACAAUACCCUCGUAUAUUCAUGAUAUAUUUUUUCAUUACUAUAUCUUUCGCGAUACCCCUCGUAGCACAUUAUAUAUAAAUGACAGUACUCAUUACCGCCAUUUUGUACAAAAAUACAAUUUUCGUAAAAAUAUUUUUUUUUAAAUCUUAAAAUAGAGUUGAAUUUAUAACAGUACCCUCGUAUUUACAAGAUACAUAUUGUUUUAUUCUCCACUAUAUAUUUUGCAAUACCCCUCGUAGCACGUUAUAUAUAAAUGACAGUUGUAUCUUUCAUUUUACGUACUUAUUUCCGCCAUUUUGUAUAGAAAUACAAUUUUCGUAAAAAUAUAUUUUUUAAAUAUAAACAUAGAGUCGAAUUCAUAACGUUGCCCUCGUAUUUACAAGAUACAUAUUGUUUUAUUCUCCACUAUAUCUUUUAUUUAUCAUAAUAUAUUUCGUAAUACCCCUGUAACUCGAUAUAUAAAUAAAUGACAGUUAUAUCCUCCUUUCCGUAUUUCCGCCAUUUUGUAUAAAAAAUUGAAAUUUGAUAUACCGUGUGAAAUAAUUCUAGUCGUAUUAUUGUUAAUUAUUAAAUUAUUUAAAAAAAUUAUUUAUUACCCUGUGAUUUUAUUUAAAUUGUUAAAAAAACUUAUAAAUGUUGAUAAUAGGAUUUUUCUAUUGUUGUUAAUAUAUUUAAAAAAAAAAUGUCUACUAACACACUUUUUUUAUUUUAGGCUGUGUUUAAAUCAAAUAAAAUUUAAGAAAUUUUA